AUGCUGUCUCAAAGAGGGUUAAAGAAUGUCGAAGAGCUGUCUAUCCCCUGGCGCUUCAGCCUCACUCAAGACUACGACCCCGAGAAGAACCCAACAGGGCUCAUCUCGCUUGGUAUGGCGGAGAAUAAACCAAUGAGGACAGAGAUCGCCAAGUAUGUCAACGAGAAGGUCACCUUCACUCAAGACUCCAUCAGCUACCGCUCAAGCGCGCCAACAGCCGCAAGAUUACCAGCAGCGACAGCAGCGCAUCUCAAUAAAAUCCUCAAUCCACAUAUCCCAAUUGACCCAGAACAGGUCUUCAUCGCAGACUCCCCAACCUCCCUGGGUAGCAUGUUAGGAUACAAUCUCGCCUCGCGCGGAGACGGGAUCCUCGUCAACAGACCUGUCUACGGCCGCUUCGAGCUGGACUACGGUGUAGAAGCUGGCGUGGAAAUAGUAUAUGCUGAUACCAAUACAGAGGAGGCGUUCACCCCUGCAUCUGUGGAGAAGUACCAGAUAGCCUUAGAUGCUGCCGAGGAACGUGGAAUGAAGAUUCGGGCUUUGCUGCUGGUUAAUCCGCAUAAUCCUGUUGGUCGUUGCUACCCUGUCGAGACACUCAGGGCUAUCGCCCGGUUCUGCAAUGAAAAUCGUCUCCAUCUGAUCAGUGAUGAGGUGUAUGCUUCCUGUAUCUUCGAUUCUGGGAACCCUGAUGCUGUACCGUUUACCUCGGUACUUUCACUGGACUUUACGGGGCUGAUAGACCCUACUUUGGUCCAUGUGCUGUAUGGGUUUAGCAAGGACUUCGCCUCCGGAGGCCUCCAUCUUGGAUUCCUGGUAACUCGAAACCAGCAGCUUCGACAAGGCUGCAAAGCGAUCUUGCGACUCCACGGUGCCUCACAGGCAGCGGUAACAAUCGGCACCGCGAUUCUAGAAGACCAAGCUUUUGUAUCGAGCUUCAUAGCUAAGGCGAGACAAGUUCUCGCUUCAACAUAUCGUCUUACGACUUCGGUGCUUGACAAGGAGGGGGUCAACUACAUCAAAGGCGGCAACGCCGGCUUCUUUGUCUAUAUCGAUUUGUCGCUUUAUUUACCCACCGACGAGGGCAUGACCCCACGGGAACGGGAGUUUGCUCUGGCGCAGAAAUUUGUUGAUGCUGGUGUCUUUUUGCACCCUGGGGAAGAGCAUUCGAAGGAGGUCGGGUGGUUUCGGUUGGUUUUCUCACAGGAGGAUGAGACGUUGAAGGAGGGUCUACGGAGGUGA